CGUUCACUCGGGUGGCCGCGGAGUAACUCAAUCGGGGAAGUGGGACAGGAGCGCAUCACGUUCGCGAGCUCGGAGCGGCAAAAGUCAAGAGAAGGCAGAGCGGGACUGCAAGUGGAAGGCUUGAGAAUGGGGAGCUCCCGGGCGCUGGCGCGGCUGGUGAACCUGUGCAUUUCUGUGAAACUUCUCAUUCUGCUGAGUGAAGCCGGCUCGGCUGAAGGCAGCCUCAACAUGUGGAUAGAUGCUCAUCAAGCCAGAGUUCUCAUAGGUUUUGAAGAGGAUAUUCUAAUCGUUUCCGACGGUAAAAUGGCUCCGUUCACUCACGAUUUCAGGAAGGCACAGCAGAGAAUGCCCGCGAUUCCAGUCAAUAUUCAAUCCGUCAACUUCACCUGGCAGGCUACGGAACAGGCUUUGUAUUUUUAUGAAUUCCAAUCUCUUCGGUCAUUGGAUAAAGAUGUGAUGGGAGAUCCUACAGUGAACAUUCCAUUGCGAGCAACCAUCUCACACAAGGCCACAGUUGUGCAGGUUGGAUUCCCUUGCCUUGGUGGCCAGGAUGGAGUAGCAGCUUUUGAGGUCACUGUGGUCAUUAUGGAUGCUGAAGGGAAUGUUAUACUUCGAACCCCUCACAAUGCAAUAUUCUUCAAAACUUGCCAAAGAGCCAAGUGUCCGGGGGGAUGUCGCAAUGGAGGUUAUUGUACAGAGAGACAGGUUUGUGAGUGCCCUGAUGGAUUCUAUGGACCUCAUUGUGAAAAAGCUCUGUGCAUCCCCAGAUGUCUGAAUGGAGGACUGUGUGUCAGUCCAGGGUUGUGCAUCUGUCCUCCUGGAUACUUUGGUAUUAACUGUGAUAAAGCAAACUGUACCUCAACCUGUUACAAUGGUGGAACCUGCUUCCAUCCUAACAAAUGCAUUUGUCCUCCAGGAUAUGAAGGGGAUCUGUGUGAGAACAGUAAAUGUCGGCAACCUUGCAGAAAUGGAGGAAAAUGCACUGGGAGAAACAAAUGCAAAUGUGUUAAAGGUUACCACGGUGACCUGUGUUCUAAGCCUGUUUGUGAACCUCACUGUGGACCACAUGGAUCCUGUAUCGAACCCAACAAGUGUGAAUGCAGGGAAGACUGGCACGGAAGACAUUGUAACAAGAGAUAUGGAGCCAGUCUAAUGAACACCCUCAGGUCAGCGGGCUUCAAGCACAGACAGCGUACGCCUUUACCUAAGGAGAAUGUCGAGAGUCACAUACCACCCGAAUCUAAUUACAUUUGGUAAAAGGAAAACAUCUGAAACCUUUUACUGUAUAUACAGUUUACAACUCCACCAACCCAAAUGAGUACUAAGUUCAAAAAAAAACAAAGUCUGUAAUGGAAAAACCACUCAUCUGUUUUGCCAUGUUAUCUUCAGAAUGCUAAUGUUGGAGUAGUCUUUAAUUACUUGAGAAUAUCCUUUUUAUCCUCUGCAUUUUAACAGAAUUACUGAAUAAUUUUAGCCCAAUUAUUUUAAUAUGUAAUGCAUCAUGAAUUUAAAUUAAUAAACUUUUACACAAUAGUUAUAUGUCAUGCAACAAUAAAUAUCAAAGAAAAAUUAUUUAUACAUGUCAUCUACCACUUGUUGGCAUACCACCCAACAAGGGGUCAGUUUAUAUAUUUAAAUAUGUAUAUACUCAUGUACACAAAAUACAUAUUGAAUGAUUUAAAUAUUCAGAAUAUCUUUGAUUUGCAUCAGCAUUAAAAUUGCCUAGAGAUCAAGUAAGUGGUCACUUAACUCCAGCUGUAGGGCACCUUUAAUCAGUUUGUUGCUGUAAAUCUUCCAAUAAAUGGACCCAUUUUAUACUUUCUUCUGCAAUUUAAUAGGAUUCAAAACAAAUAAAUUCUUCUGUCUAGGCUUUUAUAAUUCAUGCAAAUAUAUUUCAGUGGAAUUCUUUGUAGCAAAUGUAGACAAAAUAUGUAACUGAAGUCUCAUAAAUAAAGCCAUUACAUGAAAGUAUAAUGCAAAUUUUGGUUUGAAUACCAACAGAAUAUAACCACAAGAUAUUCUAUAUUGAUGUUAGAAUGUGUGUGUUGGUACACAUACAAUUUUCACCAGAGUAAUGUUGUUAACAGACCAUAUUUCUUCACCUUUUAUUAAAUGCUUAAUGAUUUUCAGUUGUAAAAUGAUCUUAGUUCAAUUUUCAAGGCAAUUUCAGAAAAUGCUAUCUGCAAUUGCAUAAAAAUAAAGACUUUAUAAUUCACGGAGUUGUGUCUUUAAAAUAAAGAUUCAAUGUAAGUCUUAAAUGACGUGAAGUUAUAUUUUUCGUAUAAAAUGUCUUUGCAACAAUCUUAUGUCAAUGACAGUGAGUUACAUUCAAUCAGAGGUUCUUCAUUGUUUGUUCUUGGCAGUGAAAUUGUAAGUGGAAGCCCGUUGCAGUGUCUCGAUUCCAAAUAUUGGCUUUCACCUUCGCCUCUGCAGAUGCUGCUUGGCUUGCUGAGUUCUUGUUUUUGUUUUUGUUCCAUUUCGGUGCUGCUUAUCUUGUUUGUGCACCUUAUGUUUGGAGUGCCUGUCGGUUUGGAAAACGUGCAGUGAUACAUUGGGGAAAGCAACGAUGAAGGUGUCUCGCAUCUCAGAAGCGCUCUAACAUUGAGUCAUAUUAAAGAGAUAAUUGCAGCGAUGCUCACAAGUCAAGAGGUGUACGUCUAAGGACCUAGGCAAAGAAUACAUUGCUCUCGUUUCCACUGGAAUGUGCUAAACGUCCGGUGUUGCUGAUACGCUCUCUUCAACAUUGUU